UUUAAUUUGGAUUAUUUUUAUUUCUACAUCGACAAUUUAAUUUUCCUGAAUAAUUAAGUUAGUUUUACUUUUUUGUAAUAUUGUCUAAUAACAUAAAUUUCCUACAUAUAUCUAUAGGUAUGGAACCUAUCGACAAAGCUUGGAUACAAUUGAAGAAUCGGGCAUGCACACAGUACAUUGUGGGAAUGGAGAAAUUCGCGAAGUAUGCAACAGACCAUGUUAAAGACGAUGAUGGUCUAAUAAGGUGUCCUUGCGUGGAAUGUGGUAAUGUGCGUAGAAUGACAGUGAACCAGGUAGAAGGACAUCUUCUUUAUAAAGGAAUGAGAACCGACUACACUAAAUGGAUUUACCAUGGCGAGGUCGACGAAGAUGAAGAAGAUGACGAUGAAGGUCCAGAAUUGGGUGAUGAUAACAUGGAAAUAGACAAUGGAGAUGAUGGCGAUAUGGGUGAAAAUAACGAUAUGGGCGAAGUUGAUAUGCUUGGUGUUCUGAACGACCUCAUGGCUCCAUUAGCGAAUCCGGAAGAACCUAAUGCCCAAGCUCAAAAUUUGUACAAACUUUUCGGAGAGGCCCAAUCACCGUUGUACGAGGGAUGUGCUUCGAAUGUGUCAAGAUUGUCAUUCGUCACAAAGCUUAUGAAAAUCAAGUGGGAGAAUAACUGGAGUAACAAUUCAUUUACCCAGUUGGUCAAGUAUAUCCGGGCUGUAUUUCCUAUGGCGCAAUCACUUCCGAAGAAUUACUAUGAAGCAAAGCAGCUUAUGAAAGCUCUUGGGCUACACUACGAAGAAAUAGAUGCAUGUGAGGACGAUUGCUUCCUAUACUACGCCGAGCUGGUAGAUGCGACAUCUUGCCCCACGUGCAAAAAAUCAAGGUGGAAGAAAGUUUAUAAGGAUAAACAAGCACAACACGUGGCCGGUCCUUCUAUGGCAUGCUCUAAAUCACACGAAAGAUGGGAUCAUGAGGCACCCAUGUGACGAAGAGGGUUGGACUGCUUUGGACGAGUUUGACCCAUCUUUUGGUUUUGAACCCCGCAACGUUCGUUUGGGACUAGCGACUGAUGGUUUCAACCCAUUCGGCAAUAUGAACAACAAGCACAACACGUGGCCGGUCCUUCUAUUCCCGUAUAAUCUUCCUCCUUGGAAGUGCAUGAAGAAUCCUUUCACCUUCCUAACAUUGCUCAUUCCUGGACCAAAAGCUGCGGGUAAUAGUAUUGAUGUUUUUUUGAGACCUGUUAUUGAUGAUUUGAAGGCUUUAUGGAAUGAAGGCUUGUUAACUUA